UCUGAGUUUCAGUUUCAGUUCUAUUCCGGAGUUGAAGAGAGGUGUACCACGAUCGAGGAGAGACCUUACUUUUACACGUGUCUUCGUUUCAAAAAUAUUGUUGAUUCCAAAUUUUCUGUUUUGCAAAAAUAGUGAAUAAAUCGUACAACUGAAGUAUCAAGUUUAUCAAAUUUCUUAAAUAACUGACAUAAUAGUGGACUAAUUAAGAUGAAAACCUAAUGAGAUCUACCUCAAAUUAGAGAGAAAGUGAAUUGAAAUAUUGGAAAUUUAGGGGAAAACUUUAAUUGAAUAAAAAUGAAGUUGAAAUCUAGUGUUGUUUUACUCUUAGCUGGAAUUGUGCAAUGUGUAUCAGGACUGAGCAUCAUGGGAAUGAACAAGAGACGGUACGAGUGUCCAGACAGAUUCAUUCGUCUGGGCAACAGCUGUUACUAUCUGAGCGCCCAGAUGGACACAUGGCAGAAUGCGCACUUCACCUGCGCAGAUAUGAGAAGUCACCUCGCCAUUCUGGACAGAAAGUGGGAGGAUCGCAACAUGAGGUCCCUGCUCAAGAAACCUGAAGCUGCCCUUCUGGAGCGUUGGAUCGGCGGCAUCUGGGACUGGCAGCAGCACAGCUGGAUGUGGGGGGAGACAGGCACCCCGCUCCGCUACCAGGGCUUCCCGCGCAAAGGGCGUCGCGACGGCGGCGACCACACCUGGCAUUGCAUCGCCAUGGACCCCACCAUCGCCUACCGAUGGAAGUCGGCCAGCUGUCUCCAACGCAAGCACUACGUCUGCGAGACCCCGCUCAAGGUCACCGGCGCCAAGGGCUCGUCGCUCUACCCCAAGAACCCCAAGCGACGCCGCAAGGGCAAGGGCAAAAAGGGCCAGAAGAAGGCCGAGAAAGAGGUCAACAAUGAAACUAUCGAGACAACCUAGAAACUUAUGACCCGUAGACUUCUAGGUGAAUGAUAUUCCACACCAGAUAUCUUUGAACUGUUUUUACCACCGCAAACUUCUGUGUGUAAAUGAUUUUACACUUGUUUCAUUCAAGUGAAAAUUUUAGAAAAUGCAGUGGCAUACUUAUUUAUGAAUGAUUAUCCAGUUAUAAGAAACUAUAACCAGUUAUAAAGAAACGAACUCAACAAUCAAACUUUGGAGACAAUGUAGAUCACUACAAACAUCGUUGAACUGUUUCUACCACCGCAGGCUUCUGUGUAUGAAUGAGUUUCCAGUCAGAAGAAAAAUGUUGAAAAUGUAGUGGCAUACAUCUGUAUGGAUGAUUUUCCAGUUUCAAUAAGAUCUUUCACUUUGGGAAAAAAUGAGGAAUCACAGUGUAUAACAAUAAUUUUAUAUGAAAAUUAACAAAUCAAAGUAGCUUUUUUUCAACUUUAUUUUAUUUCUCAUGAGAUGUUUCGACUCAUCUCAUUUUCAAGUGACUCACUCACUUUAAAAUUAUAUUAUAAGUUGAAAUAAGUCGUGAGAAAUUGAAUAAAGUUGAGAAAAGAUUACAAUGAUUUUCUAAUUUUCAAAUGAAUACGAGUUAUCCUUACCAAGAAAGUGAAUAAAGAAUUAAUUUUUUGUUAACACUACCCAUGUAUCAUUUAGGAUAUUUGAAAUGAGUGUUAAAGUGUUAAGAUGAGAGAAUGAGUUGAAACUCCUUCAUUGAGCCAUGUAAUUCUUCAGGUACUUAUUUUAAUAAUUUAUUUUUAUCAUCUCAUCAGAGCCUUAACAUUAAACUGCAGUUUGUUUUUGAUGAAAAUGGACGAACAAUAAUAUAUAAAUACCAUUUCAUUUCAUUGAAAGUUAGAAUUCAUUUAAUAUCAUGAAGAAGAUGUUUAUCCACGGUAAAUUAGAUUCAUUAGUAAAUCAACAUGAAUGAUGUAGUCAGCAAUAAUUAAGUUCAGAAUAAGUUAGCAUCUUCAAUAAACUCUCAAGCAGAGAGAUUAUGUUAAGAAUCUAACUUAUCUUAUCAUUUAGUUGCUUAGUUUUUUAUGAUGGCAUUUCCAUUCUCAGUCAAUGCAUCUUAAUUAAUUAUAAAGAAAUUAGCAGUAAUAAUAGAAGUAUCAAUUUAUGAGUGUCUAGAAAUCAAUCAAUCAUUCAAAGUAGUCUAUAUCAUCCAUACAUUGAAUAGAAUAAUGAUAGCUCUAAAUUAAUUAAUUUAUAUGCUCUCUAAGUUCUAGUAGACUAUAGUAGUAAGACCAAUAUUCUGUACCAUUAUAAUGUAUGGCAGCAAAUGUAUGGAACCUUCCCCAACAAAAGAAAGCUGUACAAAUACUCGUAUGUAUACCAUUUUUUGCAAAAAAUGCAAAUUAAUUAAAUAAAUGUGUUUUUGAUUUAAAAUAUUAACCCUUGUAGGCUGUUAAAUAUCGUGUUAGGAAAAUAGUGAGUAAAAAAUAUUAAUAUUUUCAAUCUCUGUGAAAGAUAUUCAAAUUUUUAGUCACAAUGAUGCAAUGAAAAUGUGAAUAGUUAGAUUUCCAAGCAUUACUGAAAGAUAGAAUCAAAAAUUUUAUUAAAUGAUUAUUUCAACAUAUAUCUGUAUUGAUAAAUAGUGUAUCUAUUAUCUAAAUGUAGUAGUUUUCUAAGUUCUUUCACAAAAACACACACAAUAUUUCAAAGUCUUGUUAUGUUAUUUUAUGUUUGUAAAUAUGUACAGAUGUAAGGCAAGUUGAGCCUACUCAAAUCAUUAAUGAAAUGUAAUUCAUUCAUCAACAUUAAAACUUUAUUGA